UUUAAAAAUAAAGAAAUUAAACUAACAAUAAUGUUUUUGUGUUCAGAUCAGAUGUGUGUUGAGCCAGUGUGGUUUACAAUAUGAACUUUAUCACACUGAAGAACAAGUUUCACAACCGCUGUCCUGUCAAAGCCUGAUCUCUCUUAUGUUAGUGGUUAUGGUUAUGGUUAGGGCACAUCACCAUCAGAUGCUCUUGAGGGACAGUUCCUAUUACAGUAUAAAUGUGCUGUAAAUUACAUUUAAGCAUUAAUGAAAAAGACAUAUGUGACCCGUGCUGGCAAAAUGAGUUGCAAUGCGCACAGGCUAAUUUCGAGCUACAGGCAAAGAAGUCAAAAAUAUCGAUUUUGGUCGAAUUUGAGGUUUUCACAAAAGUGAGUUCAUUAGAGCCUCAUCAAGUGAUCCAAAUGCUCCAAAUAGCAAUUAGCAAUAGCAAUUUGUCCACGAAAAAUGUUGCCCUCAGCAUCUUCUGCAUUAGUCUAAGUUCGGUAUCAUUUUGAAGCGCAGCAUUCCGACUUUGUGAAUAUUCAUAGCAAAUUUUUGAUGGCAUGAGUCUGAACUAAUGAAAUGUGAUUUUCAAACUCAUGCUGUUGUAAACAAAAUGAUCUUACUCGUGCUGACUGACAGAUCCGAAGCGCGCACACAAAGACGCCUCAGACAGCACCUGAUCCCGAUAUACACAUAUAUAAACAGAAUUACACUACUUCAAAAUAUUGAAGAUAUUUGGAUUUGACAAGGUGUGUGCCAAAUUUUGGUGUUAUUAACAGGGUUUUUUUUUUUUUUUUGGUAACCUUCAGAAAAGUUUUCUCAAAAUGGACUUUGCUCACUCUGUCGAGUUCAAACAGGUGCAGCUCAGUCGUUUUUUUGUCGGAUUCCAACAAAUCAUACAUCAUUUUGAAGUGUUUUUAAUAGAGAUUGUGAAAUUUUUGUUCAUGUUUUGCUCAUUGUGACUCAUUUUACCAGCAUGGGUCACAUAUUUUUACUGAAAUAUACUUGAACCCUGGUGAAGCAACACUUCUCUAUAAUGUACUGAGUCAGUGUCACUAUAUAUCAACUCUAGCUGGAUUUAAACACUCAGUUCAGAUCAGAGGAAGUUCACAACCACAGGAGGAGCUGAUAGUGUUUAGAGGAAGAGCUGUAACUAUAUAAUGAAGAGAAAGACGGACAGAAACAGAAAAUGGCUAAUAAGUGUGAUCUGUGUCUGCUGGGACUGAUCAUUCUCUCUUCACUUCUCACAGGUACCAGUGGAGUGGAUGAUGAGGAUGUGUUCAUCAGUUCUGGUGAAAAUGUCCGUCUGCCCUGUAAUAAUGCUCUUUCUGACUGCAACUCAACUACAUGGAGCUAUAACAGAGAUUCAGCAGCAGUUGAACUGAUUACUGGAGGGAAAAAGAAGAAGGACACAGAGAGACAUGAGAGACUGAGUCUGGGGUCUGACUGCUCUCUGAACAUCAAGAACGUCACACAAGAAGAUUAUGGAUCUUACACCUGCAGACAAUAUGUGAAUGACAAACAACAAGGAACUGAUGAACAUGUUUAUCUGCAUGUUCUUCAUGUUUCAGUGUCUCCAUCAUCAUCAUCAUCAUCAUCAUCAUCCUCACAGACUGAGAUCAGUCCAGGCCGCUCUGUGACUCUCUCCUGUCAGUUGUAUUCAUAUACUAGAUUCUCCUGUAAUUCUGAGGGACUUCAGCUGUUGUGGAGGAAUCAGUCUGGUGUUGAUCUGAGGACAGACUCCAGAUAUCAGAUAUCAUCAGAUCACUGUAACAUCAAUCUGACUACAACACUCCUGAAUGAAGAUGACAACAGAGAGUGGAGAUGUCAGCUUACUGUCAGAAAUCAACUCCAGACCUCAGUCAGAUACACUGUCAAGUAUUCAGCAACAGCACUGAAUCCAGCCUCUCCAGUGAUUGUGAUUGUGAUUGUCGUCGCUUCAUUCGCUGUUCUCCUUCCUGCUCUUAUUCUCUGGAUGAUUCGCAGAAAAAGAGACGAUAACAGAAGAGGAACUGGUGACUCUGAGGAUCAACAAACACGACCUGUCUAUCCAACAGGACAGAACACUCUUCUUCAACAGGUGCCGUCUGGAGGAGGCGUGGCCGACACACCUGAUGCUUGUUGGAUGCACAGUUAAACGCUGCUGAGACCGUUCGCGUGGGAGCGAUGUUUUGAAUGAUCGUCUCCAGCAUGGCAGUCAACAGGCGGUGUUAUUCUGAAUGUCCUGCCCAGCCCUGAAGUGUUUCUUGUUUAUGUUAUACUUAUGUUGGUUUUAUUGUGUAAAUAAAUGUCUGUCUGGUCUUCCAGUUGUUGCAGCUUAAGAGCCGGCUGUAACAAAUGGGGGUUUGUCCGUAAAUUUAACACCAAUACGUUAAUCAUGUUUAUUAUGAUUUUCAUUUGAUUAAUUUGAUAGUGUUUGGGGUGAAGACAUCGGUCAAUAUGGUAGGAGAUGAACGCAAUAAUCAAAGUAGUUUUGUUCACAUUUUCAUGGGUAAGUGUGGGUAGAUUAUAAGAUGAGAUUUGAUUCAUUCCCCUGUUAGGCUUAAGCAACGCUCAGCGUUGGUUUGUUGCUUUUGUUUUUUAUUUUUGUGCAGACUCCUGGGUUGAGCACACUGCCGUGGUUUGUGGAUUGGGCAGAUUUGCUCACUUCACUGCCAGCGGUAUUUGUGUUUAAAGGCGCUUGACUCUGGGGAGUUGCAUGAAGAUCUGGUUUAGUAUAGUGGGGUGGUAUGGGUGGAGUUUAAGAAGGGGAAUUAUGAAUGAAUUCUCAUCUGUAUUGACCAUAUUUAUUUUUUUGUGCCUAUGAAUUUGUGAAUUGGAAAUUAAGAAUGGCAUCCAUUGAAGAUUUUAUUAAAGCUCUGUCGGAAGGAUUAUUACAUUUGUUGGAUAAAGGACAAUUGUGGGAACAAUAUGAGAUUAAAGAAUCAGAUAAACGCUUGAAAAAGGAGGAGUUAAAAAUGGCUUUGAAAGCGAAGUUGAUUGAGAGAAAUAUUUUGUCUGUUUCGGAUUUUGUAAAGACUUCACGAGUUCACACAUAUGUAUAAUCAGAUAAAGUAAAGUAAUGCGUAUUUGGCGUGCUGUCCAGGGGGAGGGCUCCAAGCUCGUAAUUUUGGCCCGAACCCAGAGUACUCCCCCCGGAUGUGAUAAUGAGAGAUAUAACUAGAAGUGAGGAGAUGGGGUGGUGGAGGGAUGCUGAUAAACUGUCAACGAACAGAGGUAAGUCUGCAGUAUACCUCUUGUUGUUGGUUGAUUAGCUGAAUGCUUUCCACUUGUGCUAAUUAGUCUAAUUAUCUGCACCUGCUCCUCCCGAAUUUUGUUAAUAAAACAUAAAGGAAUCAAUGGAAAAA